AUGCUCGCGUCUCCUAGAUCGCUUGCCCUGUCGGUUCGAUGCCGUUCCUCGGCUAUCAAAAGGCUACAGUGCGGUGCUUGUCGUCGCCAAAUAUGCUCCUCUCGUCCUCUUGGAGCGACGAGACGAACUGCAGACUUCAAUUCCGGCUUUACCGGUGUCUAUGACCCGUCGGUAGAAUCUGGGCGCGGGCCAAUGUUCAACAAGUCCAACUUUGGUGUGCCCCAGUUCUAUCCCCGUGAUCUGAAGAAGCGUGUGGACGAGUAUGUUGUCGGUCAGGAUCGAGCAAAGAGGACGAUAUGCUCCACCAUCUUCAACCAUUACCAGAACCUGCGUCGAAGAUACCAGCACGAGCACGAAGAUCGCAACAUUCGAGAGAAGCUCCUGCGUCAGCGGUUUGCUCGAGAUCGAGAAAUCCAUCAUCGACGGCGCGAGUCCACUUCAGUCGAAGAUGAACUCGUCGGCCAUCACGAGUCGAUGCGGCCGCUUUUUGAUAUGAACGAGCCCGAAGACGAUCCGCUUGACCAUUUGUAUACCCCGGAGGAUGUGUCGAAGCCAGACCACGUAAAGAUCGAUAAGAGCAACCUGUUGUUGAUCGGCCCAACCGGGGUAGGGAAAACGUAUAUUCUCGAGACGUUGAGCAAGAAAAUUCAAGUUCCCUUCACCAUUUGCGAUUGCAACUCGCUUACACAAGCGGGAUAUAUUGGGCAAGACGUCGAGACAUGUAUCGAACGUCUUUUGAUCGAGGCCAACUACGACGUCAAAGCGACGGAAUAUGGCAUUGUGGUUUUGGACGAGUUUGACAAGUUGGCCCGCCGAGACUCCCCGACCGGUCGAGACGUUGGCGGCGAAGGUGUCCAACAAGCGUUGCUCAAACUCAUCGAAGGGGUCAACGUCACCAUCCAUGUCAAGGACAACCGGUCAUCUCGAAGCGCGCCCUCGAUGACGACGACGUAUAACUCCCCGAGCACCCCAUCUUCGACAACGCCCGCCGCGCCGCCCAGCGGUGGAAAGGUGGAUCAAUACACGAUAGAUACAACGAACAUCCUCUUCAUCUUCUGUGGCGCGUUUGUUGGCCUCGAAAAGGCAAUUGUGCAACGUGUUGCACAGCCGUCCAUGGGUUUCGGCAGAGAAGUAAGGGGCCGGUCGAUGCUAUCCGGGGAUAAGAGCAUUCUUCCUCCCGAUGCAUACGCUCACCUUGCCCACUACGACUCCGCGUCGUCGUUGUCCUUCACCCCGAUGGAUUUGGCAACGCCAGCAGACCUCCAGAAGUUCGGGUUCAUCCCCGAGCUUAUCGGACGCAUGCACAACAUUUGCGCACUAAGUCCUCUUUCCAAAGCGGAUCUAUUGCGCAUCUUGACCGAACCGCGGAAUAGCCUCGUCGCUCAGUACACGGCAUUGUUCGAAACAUACCCUUCCCGACUCUUCUUCACAGAGAAGGCUCUCUACGCCCUAGCGGAACGAGCGGCGGCGUCUGGAACAGGAGCAAGAGGACUGAAGAUGGAAAUGGAGCGAGUCCUUGCCGGACCCAUGUUUGACGCCCCAACACCGUACGUUCUCAUCACAGAAGGCUGCGUCAAUGGUACGGAGAAGGCGGCGUACUGGGGCAAGGAUGGGCGUUUUGAAUUGGACAGACAAUUGGAGGAAGAGGAAGUCGGCUGCUUGACACCGCACAUGACGUUUGAACGGCUGAGGGAGGCGGGACAAAGCGGCGGUUGA